AUGGGUCGCCGUAAGAGCACCUCGCAGCGUCGACUCGUCCAGACUACUCGCAUCGUCGCGACCGUCCUAUCAAAGGACUUUGGCAUUCGAAACGGCUACGAGGUAGUGGAUCGCGGGCAUGGUCGGCAGGACGUCUUCACACCCACCCUCACCCGAAGCAACGAGGCUAGCAGUGCCCUGGAAGCCUUCUUCGAACAGCAGAACAAUCACAAUCUCGGACCUCAUCUUCGCAAAGUCCAAUGUUUGAACUCAAGCAAGCCGGACAUCAAGAUUGGAGACAUCGUCGAAGUCGACUCGUCGACAUCAACAAAGACCAUGUGUCUGAUCUUGUCCCGUCACGGCGCCGUGCUACACGGCGCGAUCGUCGUCACCGGAGCCCAAACCAUCCUUCACGACCUUCUGCCGUCAGACGAGCUAUUUCUCACCGGAUCCACACUUACGUUCUUCGCCAGUGCUGUCGUGGCUGCGAUUGAUCCCAAGAGCGUUUCACUUCGCUAUGCCUGGGAUGAAAAACGGCCAGCAUUCUAUAGUCUCAAUGGCUGGGCUGGUCAAAACGACACUCCUGCAGACCAGCGUCUCGUGUUCCACGAAGGAGAUUUCGUCGUGCUACCCCCAAGCGGCCUCGAGGUUGUGAAUGCUGUGGUGCAGGUCCAGCGGAGGCGUAACACAUUCGUCAUCGUACGCAGGCUGGAUCGAAAAAAACCAGACAUUACUGGCUUCAAGCAUGAUCGACUCCUUGUUCCCCGAGAAGAAUUCGAGCGAAUCGAUCUCGAAAUAUUCAAGCCCAUCGGCAUUUGCCAUGUCUCGUUGCUUCAAGGACAUAGCUCUUCCUUCGCGGCCGAACCCACAGACUUUUUCGUCGCGCAGGAGGACGCUAAGCUCUUGAGACCCGAGUGUGGCCUUUGCAUGCUUGCAAAUCGAGAAGAUCGACGAAAACGAAGGGACCUGGAGCCACUUAGCGCCAUGGAAAUCAUGUGUGGAGCCGGCGGUCUCAGUCUUGGCCUCGACCUCUCGGGAGCAUGCGAAACCAAGUUCGCCAUCGAUAUGGAUGAAGACUCUAUCCGAACCUUCAAAGCUCACCAUCCGAGCGCGACGGUCUUCUGCGGUGAUGCUGGGGAUGCUCUCCGUCGCGCGAUGCUCGGCCUCCGCUCGCAAGAAGGACUUCGCUUCCCCUGCCCUGGCGAGAUUGACAUGAUCUCAGCCGGUCCACCUUGCCAGGGUUUCAGUCGCAAAAAUCGGCAUGCGCAUCGGGAGGCUGCAGAGAAAGAUUCCCGCAAUCUCCUUGUUUGCAGCGUAUUAGGUUGGGUUGACUAUCUGCGGCCAAAGUACUUCGUGAUGGAGAACGUCGAAGGUUUCACGAUGUCCAGGUUGGGAGGACGUGAGCAAGGUAUGGUGAAGUUGGUCAUGCGGUGCCUGAUGAAGAUGGGUUAUGCUGUCACGUGUGGCUACGCUCAAUCUGGUGCUUUCGGCUGUCCACAGUCUAGAAAGCGGUUCUUGCUUUUGGCCAGCAAAGAUGAGGUGACACUGCCAAACCUGCCUCAGCCAACGCACGAGUUUCUGGGCAGGCCAGCUCACACGUUUUUGUGGGAGGAUGGGUCAGAGACAACCUACAACUCAGCGAGCACGUUGGUAGGCGCUACCCUGCCUGCAGUAACAGCGAGCGAUGCGAUCAGCGACCUGCCCGUGUUCGACUGGAAGGACCCCCACGUGACGUACCUGGGGUCGGAUGCGAUCGAAGUUCAGCGUGCUUUACAGGGGAUCCCGCAGCUUGUCGUAAAGCAAGGACGGCCGACAGGACCUGAAGAGACCUCAUACCGAAGUCAACCUCUCAAUUCCUAUCAAGAACGCAUGCGAGUUCUUGCCGGCGAGACCGCUUGUAGCUUAACCCAGCAUCAGACUCCUGGAUACCAUGCGCUGGCGGUCGAGCGGGUAGUCAAUGUCGCCUUAUACCCCGGCGCGAACUUCGAAUCGUGGAGUGAGCCUGGUGUCAAAAAGCCUGCUCUGCUCGGUACGGACCGAUACACAGACGAGCACUUCAGGUAUGAACGAGUAGAUAGCGACGGGUACUUCAAGGUCCUGAUGACCAAGAUGACGACUCAGGGCAGCAUGCUGCACCCAACACAACGACGUCUAUUGACGGUUCGCGAGUGUGCUCGUGCUCAAGGGUUCCCUGACUGGGUGCACUUUCACACAGACGCCAACUUGCAGUCGGCUUACAGACAGAUCGGCAAUGCUGUCCCUGUACCGCUUUCACAGGCUAUCGGCAAGUCUUUGACCGCUGCUCGUAUGAAGGACCAUCGCUAA